AGGUGUAACAUCGGCAGCCCUGUUUCCAACAUUUACCUUAUUAUUGUGUUAUGUGUUUUUAUGUUCUCUGCCCUCUUUUAAUUAGGCCAAGACUUGGGUGUUUCCUGCUUAUUUUUGUUCAUAUCCACACAUAGCAUUCAAGGACACUGUGAACUCUACCGGAAAUUGCAGAUGAGUCAUAUCCAAGGAAUUUGACAGAUCUUUCCCAUUUUUCAAGGAUGAGUAUCAAUGAAGAUCCUCUUAAUGUUUCAAACUCUUCAAAGCCAAAAAAGUGGGUUCAGUUUGAAGAUGAAGAAAUUAAAUCACGCAAGGAAGAAGAUGAGCCUGACGACAGCCGCAACGGCACGGUUGCUACAGCAGAAGUUGUCGAACGGAUAACCUCCGAGUCACAAAAUAACCACAGAUCAGAAUCAAACUAUGGUGGUGGAGCUGUGCUAAAAACAGAGUCUGUUCACAUUAAUCUUAACCAACGCCCUGUGAUGGACUCGGGCCCAGGAACCCCAUCAACAGCUGUAAACAUGCGCACAAUAGACCUCAACCAAACGCCAGUUGGUGCCAGUGCAACUUCCAAUCCGUCCGCAGCCAUUCUGCGACAAGGCUUCGCAAAUGGUGAUAUAAUAGUGACCUUAUUACCUGUUAAUUCUAAGUUUCCAUGGGUAACCCCUGCCAAAUUCCGUCCUGAACUUGUGCCUGAAGAACUCAUGGCUCAAGGCCUAACAUUAACUGUUGAAGAUUACGUCCAGAUCAUGGCCUUACUUACAAAUGAUUUCCGUUUUGUAGUUUAUAAUAUUUGCUAUAAACGAGUUUUGGUUGUUUGGAUAUUCACGGCUUUUUUCAUCCUCCUAGCACUUUUAUUUUCGGGAAUCCAAGGGCUGAUGCUGUUUGGGUUAGGUGUUUUAUGGUUGAUCAUCAAUGCAUCAGCAAUUUUCCUAUGCAUGUGGAUCAAAAUAAAGCUGAAUCAUAAUUUAGAAAAGUGCCUUGCUCAUGUGAAUAGACAUCUCAUCAAACAUAAAAUAAUUCUUGGUCUUGAUGAUCGAGGGAAAAUGUCCUGCCUGAAAGUGAAUCUUUGUUUUGUGUAUUUUGAUACCUCAGAUUGCAUCAAAAAAUUGCAAGAAGUCAUUGAAAAAGAAGAAGCAGAAGGGAGACAGGUCACUCAAGGUGCAGCACCAGAUGCUCAAAAGAUGAAAAAAUUGAAAGAAAGAAUGGACAUUGAGGAUGACGACAUAGUAAUUCAAGGCUCAACAACAUCAUAUGUUUCUCGAAAACAAGCAAGGGGUGAGCAAAUUCUCCUGCGGUACAGCCAACGCUGGUGUAAAGAUUAUUUACGCCGUCGCUUAGACUGGACUGUCGAUGAAGAUGGAGGAAAUCCUGUCGAUCUGCGACAUCUCAGCUCUGCUUUGUGUCCGUGCCAGUAUAUUGAGGAGCACCUGCGCAACAAGCCUCGGAGGGAUAAGCGGGCGUUCUGUCCGUGCUUCACUGAUUUCUUGCGGGAGAGAGGUAUAGAUUAAGGAAGGAAUAAAAUUUCUCUCGCUCAUCGUGAGUCUUGUUCUGCACUCAACAUUAUUAUUAAAGUAAUGCUUGUCGCAUCAAAAUCAGUUAAAAUCUACACCAAUGGAUGAGCUAGCAGUUUUCUCUUUAAUUUAAGAAGUCAAACAUUCAAGGAGAUUAUGUAACCUGAAUAUUGCAAUAAUUUUUUUUUCCUUUCUUUCUUUUUUUUCUUUUUGAAAUCAAUGGUAGGAUUGGUUCUUAAAGUUUUGUUUACAAGGACACAUUUGCUGUCAGAACUGGAAAUGAUUGUUACAAUAUUUUUACCACUGAGGACCGAUACCUUCUUUUAACUUAUAGCUUAUAAUUUUUGAAAUCUUCAGUAUAAAUUUUUUUUAAAAAAAUAACUUAAGGCUAGAAAUUUUCUUUUUAAAAAAAAGGAGAAGAAAAAGAAUGAGCAAGCUUUUGUAUUUCGUUAAGUUUAUUUUUGGACAUCAUUUUAACUUAUUUAAACUUUUAUAAGGGUAUUUUUCCCAGGAUUGUAGAGGAAGCGUUCUUGAAUUAUCUUUUUGUAUUAUAUAUAAUAUACAAAGCAGCUGAAUCUACUUAACUCAACAUUUUUUAUCGAAGAUCUUCUAGAUUUCCUGUAAACAAAUUUUACAUUCCUGAUCAAAGCAUGAGUGCAGUUUUCAUUCCAUUAGUCCCCCCCUUCAUGGAGUCUGCAUGACAUUUUCUACGUUAGCACGCUAGUUACAAGAACAUGGGUAUUAUGGGUUUAAAUACAAAAUUGACUUAUUCAGUGUACAAAGUACAUGUGUUUAAUAUUCAUGUUUUUUUAAAAAAAAAAAAAAAAAAUUGAAAUGUAGUUUUAAAGCGUUUACCAUAAGUGCCUGUGGCCCUUUCUUUAAUUUUUUUCUAUCUUAAAGCGGUUUUAUCAGUUGCAAGCAAUAUUGCUGCCUUUUUGUAUCAAUCAUAAAAGUUAAUCAGUUAUAGUACUUUUUUCUCCUCUGUGGCUCUAAGAAAAGAUCGUGUAAUAUCUUCUACUUAAAUUCUUUUCUGAACUGAAAUUUUUCCAAAAAAUUAUAUAUUUUUUUUAAAAAAAUAUAAUUGACAAUGGUGUUGCCAGAAAAAAAACAAAACCCCCAGAACUUCAUUUGCCUUUUCAAAAAAGUGUAUUCUGUAGGAAAACAUCCUGAAGGCAAUUCGAAUUUUAGGAUAACAUUUUUCAAGUUACUUUUUUAGUAGUUAGCAAAAUUGAUUUUUACCCAAUAAUUUUUAGAGCUUUCAAAAACGAGAGAUAUAACAUGCCUCUAGGAUGCCAAAUUUUUACUUAAACUUUUAUCCAUGAAAAGAACGAAGACAAUAUUUGAGUAAACUAAAUUACUAAUUAACUAUGUUAAAUAGUUAAGCCUACAUCUUAGUUUAGCAGCUUAAUGACUAGACUUACCCAUUCUUUUAGAGAUUAGAACAUUCUAAUCUUUGUCAUAUUAUGAAGAGAGUUGUGAAUGAAAUCAUGUAUUACUGAAACAGUAUUUUUGAACGUUUUUCGCAGAGCUUCAUUUUUAUGGUUUGAUACUACUACGUUUUUAGCUCUUUUUUCUGUUUUCAUUAAAGAUAAGCCUCUGUGUGAUUUUUUGUUGAUUCAAAUAUUUUAUUCCGUCCACAACCAAACAAAAAAAUGUCAAUGGUUGCGAUUCAAAAAUCAAUUUUAAAUUUUAUUUUUUACGCAGUAUUAAAGGUGCUAACUGUUUACCUGUAAUUAUUUAUAAUAAUUACUCUUUUUUUAUAAAAAAAAUUAUAUUUUACAUUCCUCCGUCCUACAGCAUUCUGUCAGGUUUUAUAAUUGAUUAUGUUCAAAGCACUUCCGCUUUGUUUAAAGAAAUUCUAUUGGUGAUGUUUUUCUCUUUACUUAAGAAGGUUCUGUUUGAACCUCUUCAUUUUUAUCAUUUAACCUAUUUUAGAUAAUAAUUUUUUUGUAGUAAUUGUUAAUGUAAAUAUUUCAAGUCAGAAAAUUUUAGAAUGACCCACAUUUCCAAGCUGGUAAGACGUUAUGCAAGCUCUUUAUUUGGUGACAAUUUUUAAAAAAGUGAGUUGAAAACAAAUCAAGCUUUGUUGAUCAAUAUGCUAACUUUUGUGGCUUAGAUUGCUGCUCUUGGCACCUUGAGAACAAUAUAAUACUUUACAAGACAGUUUUUUCACCCACUUUUAGAAUACUUUUUUCUCAAAUUUUACUAGCAAAGUGUAAAUGAAAGACUAGGAAAAAUUGCACUCUCUUUCAGUAUUCUGCUGGCGUUUGUAAUUCUUCUUCCAUUGAAAAAGGAAGUGCAUUAAUCAGCCACUUUGCAAACUUACUUAAGUUUCGACAAAUGACUAACUAGUUGUCAGGUCUUGCUCUGUGCAAUAUUCCUUCAAUGAGGCUUUAAAAAAAGCAUAGACCAAGGGUGGUAGUCAGCAAGAAUUAAUUAAAUACAUAAUCAUCUUUAUUAUUUCAAGACUUCUGCUCAAAAAACGAGAGCUAUUCACUUAUGUAUUCACCAACUUUUGUUGCUACUACUUAGAACUGUGUGCCUUAAAUCUGUUAAAUUGUUGAUUAUUUUACCGAAUAAGUUGAAUCAUCUGUAAUUAAUGUCAACUGAUGAGCCUUAUGUGAUAGGCAACAAGUUGAAAUUAGACUUUUCUCCCAAUUUUCAAAGGUGAUUCCCUCCUUCCUUCCUUUCCUAAUUACACUGAAACUUCCUGUUACAAUAAAUAUUCAAAGCAACUCCUAAUAUGAAGUCUCCGAAAGUUAUCAAAUUUCUUUGCUCCAAAAGAUCUCGAACAAAAAUAUCACUAUAUCUUUUUGCUAUCUGUAAUUAAAGCUGUUAAUGUAUUUUUUUUUUAUCUUUUUCAAAAUUAUGAUGUCUCUUCAUGGUAAUUUUUGAAGCUUCCUUUUAUAAUACUCUUGAGUUUGGGGACAUCCUAUCAAAAAGGAACCUGCAUACACUAGCUGAAGCACUGAGCUCCUGUCAACUCAUUCCUGCAUACUACUUAGCAGACAAAAUCUCAAUUCAUAUUCUUAGGUUGAACAUCACCUCUAGGUAUUGUUGAAAUCAAGUGAUAAGGAGACUUGCAGGUAAAAGGCUCUGGUAUGUAAUGGCUCAUAGAACAAGGCAGAGUCGGAGUAUUGAAGAGGAACUCUGAUAUCAUCCGUUACCUUUUUCAUUGUUGACCAUUUUUAUAGCACUCUGGUUCAAAUUUGGGGGAUCUAGCAGUAUUUAUUUUGUGAAAUUCUCAUCAAGACUGCCUGUAAAAGGAUGCACAAAUAUGUAUAGUAUCAACACAUAUCUGAACUGUGUAAUUACUCCAAGUGAAAUGAGAAUUGCUAAACAUCAAUUGAAGUUGAACUUGUUGGAUGGUUUUUUUCUGAAACCAAUCAAUUUUUGUCAGAUGUUGUUAAGUCUUCAAUCUUCGUUAGCUUCUGUUACUGCAAAGAGUUUUCUUGUUCAAAGGAAAUCAAAUAUUUCCUGUUAUUAGGAUUUCUUUCAAGGAAGUAAUCAUUGCUCUUUCUAAGAACUAGCGCCCUGGCUAACGUUAAAUCGUUUCACCUUGACUGGUGUGUCGAAACCCACCUUUGUUUUCAUAAAACUUUAUAAGUGCCAUGUACUCAACGUAGACUGAGGGGUUAUUAGACAUCUCAUGUAUGUGUUCAUAUGUUAGAGUAAACAAUAGAUUCCCAAUAGUAGUCUGAUCGGAGGCAGUUGUAGUGCAAACUUCAUUCAAUUAUUGUACGUAGUAGACUUUUAUCUAUUUUAAGAUAUCUCUCAGUGCUUGUUUAGUCUACUGAAUCAUAGCUAUACACUCCAUUCCUCUCUUUAGUUUUAGAUCAUUGUUUUGCAUUGUUUACAGUUAGUUGCUUUUUCUUGUUUUAUUAUUCAGUUACCCAGUUGACUUAUUAGUUCUUCCAACUUAGUCCCUGUACUUGUAUGUUACUUAUUCUCACUUUAUGCAGUAAGGGAUCAUCCAAAGCUACUGUUUAAGUUGUCUUUAAAUAUUACGAAAAUCUUAUUUUCUUUCAAUGAUUCCGUUCAGUUUAUCUCACAGUAUUGCUUAGUAGAAGUAAUGAGGAUUUUCAUGGGUGAAUUUUUAAAUUAAUAGUUUCAAUAGCUAUGGCAUCAACUUAUUUAUUCACCAUAGUAUUAUUUUGGCUGAUUAAUUUUUUUCAAUGAUUGAUAAACCGUAAAACAUUACCUCAGGAACUAAAAUCCUCAUAGACAGUCGCUUCCUGGACGAAAGAACGUAACUCUGUUCUAAGGUUGCAAAAUUGACUCAAACAAUAUAAUUCUUUGUGAGAAUGUACCUGUGCAAUUUUUAAAACAAUGUAUGUAAUUUUCACUUGAGAUCAGAAGAAACAUCACUGAAAUUUUCAGUCAGAAAAGUCCAAGAUUCUCUUGGUCAAAAUGGUAUUUGCAAGUGGAACUUUGGCAACAUUAAAAUGUAGCUACAUUCUUUCGUGGGGAAAAUGACGAAUCACCCAGCUUGUUUAUUGCCGUGGGGCUUUCUGGAAAGUACAACUCUAUCUUAGGGCGGUCACCAAUGACAAUACAACGGCCAAGUGUUGUAAGUAACAUUGAUACAGUAAGCUCAACAACAUCAUGUUUCACAUAUAGCGCACCUGCAACCGUCAUACUUAUACCUGUAAUUCCUAUGAUUUUUAAGGAAUUUCCAUAAAGAAGAAUUUUCUUUUUCUGUAUCAAAAUUUUAUAGCAAAUCUAUCCCCUCUGCCCUGUUCCAGUUUUUUAAAAAAUUCUUUCAAUAUUUUAUUUCACACAGUCACAUCACAAUUUCUAGAGCUUUUUGCGCAAGCUGUGCUCUGAGUAAAAUCGUGUUUAAUAACAGUAAAUCAUGUUUGCUCUAGGCUGACCCAGUCCAAAAGGGAGAAAGUUUUUGCUUUGCAGCUCAAAAAACAGCUCUUUUUUUACAAGUGUUUUCUUUGUUUGUUGCACUUCUUUCCUGCACUAUUUUCAAGGAACAAAAAGAGCAAUAGCUCUCUCUGUCCUGCCCUUUUCAAAUCUGCCUAUGAUGUCUGCUUGAAAUCACAGUUUUAAUGAGCCUCAGUAUUUGAAUAUGUCUGUUCUUUUUGAUUUUGUGAUAGAUUUAAGAAAUUCUAUAAAUUUUAAGAACAUCUUUAUUACAAACCACACGCAGCAACAACUUGAAAGAAAUAAUAAGUAAAAUGGAGCUUAGAAAAACCUUAAAAUAAUGUAUGUACUACUUAAUAGAAAAUACUAUACAUAUUUUAACUUGCUCAUGGAUUAAUUAUAAGAAAAUGAAUUAUGUUCGAUUUCACUACUAAUUGCUUGUAUUUUUCUCUUCUUCAAAAUGAUUUUUGAUAAUUUCAUUGGUCUGCUGAUCCUGAUGAUGCUCUUUGCGCAAGAAUUAAAAAAUAAGCGAGAAAGCUCUGAUGCCUUUGUUUUAGAGAAGCGCUCAGCUGUUUUCUAUGUAGACACGUUUUUAAGUUUCCCAAAGAAGAUGAGCAACGUUGAGUGAAAAAACGCGCCUCACCAAAAUUUCAACUAUCAAUUUUGAGAAAAGUACACUAUUGUUAAACAAAUAAAUAAUAGAAAGACGAUUAUUGUCCUCCGCUCUUUGACAUCAAAAGCAUUAAAUAAAGGUAUAACAGAUAAAUCUACAUAUUCUAAAUUUGUGAGGCCCCUCCCUAUGUGCCAUCUUGUUGUUGAGCCUGUGUGCCAUUUGAGCGCAUUGUCCCCAGUAUACUAGCAUUCUUGAGGCAGAUUUAAAUCUAAAAGGGCUUUCUAUCGGCUGAGCGCUAAAAAUAAGGUAAUGAGGUGUGUCAAAGUUUAGUUGAUAAAGCAUUUCUUUGAGUGCAUAUUUUUCAAUAUUCGUAAUUGGUAAUCGAAUGCAGUGUUUUCAGUAAAUCAAACUAAAUUUUCCCUAACUCAGUUGCUCUAUCAAUAGGUCUCGUGUUUUUGCUCAUGCACCGUUCAUUCCAGAUAUCAACUUUUCUUUUCUGUCAUUUUGAAAUUGAUCUUUUAUUUCAAGUUUUAUCUAGUUUUCUUAUUACGUACUGUGAAAGAAGAAAAAAAUUGGCGUGUUGCAGUGAAAUAGUAUUUAGUCAGUCAUAAGAAAAUUUCCCGAAUUAUCAAAAUUUGGAAAUAAAUAUAAUUGUAUAUUCUCACCUCUGUUAGGAAUGUAAAUUGAAUAUUUAUCAAUAUACUUUUUUUAAAUGUUUAAUUUGUACAGAACGUUGUAUUGUUAAAGUUUCUAUUUUUUACCACAAGACAUUCCUAAAGAAUUGUUAAAUUUUUAAAUUUUAGAACGCAACUUAGAACAACUUUGCAUGAUAUGAAAUGGAAGAUACCUUACCCAUCUAUUCGUGCAGCUUGUAACAAAUCCGUCCUUCUUUUGUGUUUAUUCAAAUGGGUUUAAAAAAUCGUAAAUGAUGUAUUGUUUGCAGAAUAAAUUUUUAUUUUGAAAAA